UUGGCCUUUAGAUUUUUUUAUUUUUUUUUACUUAUACUUUUUAAUUUUUUUAUACUUAAAAUAUUUAAGGUCACGCAAGAGUUAUCAGAAGUGGUCUACAACACAGCUUUGGAAUGCAAAUUUGUUCUGUGUCUUGGUGGAGAUCAUUCCGUUGCUAUUGGAAGUGUUUACGGAAUUUCAAAAGUUUAUCCGGAUAUUGGAGUUUUAUGGGUGGACGCUCACGCCGAUAUUAAUACUUCAGAGACUACGCGCUCGGGAAAUUUGCAUGGCAUGCCUUUAAGCUUCUUACUUGGACUUCCUAAUCACUGCUCCAGCUUUGAUUGGCUUCCCACCACCCCUCCAGUAUUAGCCAGGAACCAACUUGUAUAUAUUGGCCUGAGAGAUGUUGAACCCGAAGAAAAGAGACUUCUUUGCCAGUUAAAUAUUACAGUUUUCGAUAUGGGCGAUGUCAACCAACUCGGCAUUGGAAACAUUAUGCAAGUUAUAAAAAAAUUGAUUGGAGAACGCCCGGUGCACGUGAGUUUCGACAUUGACUCUCUUGACCCCACCGAAGCGCCUGCAACCGGCACGCCCGUCAGAGGCGGGUUAACGUAUCGCGAAGGAGUUUAUAUAUGUAGAGCUCUUCAAGAGUUUAACACGGUUUCGAUGGAUCUCGUGGAAAUAAAUCCUCUUCUUGGGAGUAGCGAGAAUGCUGAUCGAACUAUUCAGGCCGGCCUUCAUAUGAUCUACAAUGUGAUGGGCCAAUGCUAGCUAGGCCAAGCACCAAUAGUAUUAUAAUAAAGAUGCUCA